AUGUCUGACUCUGUUGUUGUUAAUUAUAAGCUUGCGAAAGCUCCCAUUUAUUCCCACUGUUUCUCGCAGGAUAGGUCGAUUUUAGCUCUAACUCUGAACAGUGAUUGUUUGGUGUUCCGGUUGAUCCCAAAUGGAAAACCGCAAUUGGUAGCGACUCUACCGGAUCAUGACAAGACCGUGACCUCGGUAGACAUCUCAAUUCACGGAAGAAUUGUCACUUGUUCGCAAGAUAGAAACGCAAUUGUGUGGGAGCCCUUGAGCGAUGGCUCCUAUAAGCCAACUUUGGUGCUUUUACGUAUCAACAGGGCUGCAACAUGUGUGAAAUGGGCUCCAAGCGGCUACAAAUUUGCGGUGGGGUCAUCGGCUAGAAUCAUCGCUAUUUGUUACUACGAGCAGGAGAAUGACUGGUGGGUUUCGAAGCACAUUAAAAAGCCCAUCAAGUCCACAGUCAAUUGCUUGUCGUGGCACCCCAAUGGAAUAAUGCUUGCCUGUGGUGGAACUGACGGAUACGUGCGUGCGUUUUCGGGCUUUGUCAAGGGUCUGGACUCCAAAGAGCAGGUUUCCAACUCGCCUUGGGCCGACAAGUUUCCUUUUGGAGCUCUUAUUCGCGAGUGGUACGAUGGCGCGUGGAUCCAUGGCGUUGCUUGGAGAGGAUCGCAGGAAAAAUUGGCGUUUGUAACUCACAAUGGUACCUUCAAUGUUGUCGACGCAUCGGACGAGAUUUUGACCGCUGAAUACCCGGAGGGCCUCCCCUUGACGUCUGUAGUCUGGGUGAAUGACCACGAAGCCGUGUGUGGCGGGUUUUCGUGCCAUCCAGUUUUGUUCUCGGAGGGUGCCAAUGGCUGGCAGUUCUCCAAGAAUAUCGACAAGAGCGUUGCUUCUCGAACGCCUGUGGCUGCGAGCUUUGAGGGGGGCGAUGAUCAAGAUGAAAACCCGUCGUUUGGUAUCUCUGCUUUGAGAAAGUUCAAAGACUUGGACCUCAAGGGCAAAGUUUCGACCCAAGUUCAAGAGUGCACUCACGAAAAUGCCAUUAUGGAGCUUGCACCUUAUGCGGAAAGUAGCGGCAACGUCACCGAAGUGUCCUCGUGUGGCCUGGACGGGAAAGUGGUGAUUUAUAGAGUGUAG